AGAACGACGCACUCUUUCCACAUAUCCCAUCUAUUGAAGAUCUCGAUUCAACUGCCUCCCCCAGCUGAUCCUGCAGCAUCUCAUUCCCCUAUCGUCCCCCUCUCGUCCGUUCUUCUCGCGGUCGCUACCUGUCUUACCCUCCUUUCUUUUCUUUUCUUUGUUCUUUGUAGCAGCUGUUCCGUGGGACGUGGUAGUGCCAAGAUGCCCAAGUACGAUGCCGUGUUUGUGGGCCUGACGGUGCUCGACGUUGCCGGUCGCCCGGUCGUACAGGUGCCGGCGGGCGGCGGAGUGGAGUUCGUGCAGCAAAUCCGCAUGAAUCCCGCCGGCACGGCCGCGGCGGCGAACCUCAACGCGGCGAAGCUCGGCAUUCGCACGGCGGCCGUCGGCUGCCUCGGCAAGGAUGAGAAGGCCGACUUCAUCCUUAGCUGCUACCACCGCUGGGGCAUCGACUGCUCGCUCAUGCAAACGACCGACACCCGCGACACGUCCGCGACGAUUCUGCCGAUUCGCCCGAACAGGGAGCGGCCGUGCCUGCACUACCGCGGCGCGUCGGAUGAGCUCUUUGUGACGGAGGCGGAGUUUGAGAGUGUGCUGGACUGCACCUACCUGCACCACGGCGGCACGGGACUGCUGGAGGCGAUGGACAAGGGCCAGAGCGCGCGUCUGCUGGCGGCGGCCAAGGCUCGGGGGGUGGUAACGUGCUUCGACAUGAUUCACCCGAACGAGAACACGCUCAGUCUGCUUGUGCCGCUCUUGCCGUACGUGGACUACUUCAUGCCGUCACUUGAGGAGGCCGCCUACAUCGCCGGGUCGGAGGAUCCGGUUGAGGUGGCCAACUUCUUCUUCGACCUGGGCGUGCAGAAGUGUGUGUUCAAGGAUGGCGUGCGAGGCUCGUACCUCAUCAAGCGCGACAGCUUCCAACGGGUGCCGGCCUACGUUCUGCGGGCCUCCGACACGACCGGCUGCGGUGACGCUUACUGUGGUGGCUUUAUCGCCGGUCUUGCGCGAGGGCUGUCGGAGGUGGAGGCGUGCAAGAUUGGCUCCGCCGUGGGUGCCCUCGUUGCCAGCGGCCUCGGCUCCGAUGCGGGCGUGGUGAGCUGGGAGGAGACUCUUAGCUUCAUCGAGAGCUACGGGGUGGUGGACUAA